UAAAGCGGGGCCAUCAUUUCUCUAGACUCUAGUCAAUCAUCCCCUUCGUUGCUUCAAAAAUUACGAAAACGUCGAAAAGGAUUAUAGAAGACACUACCAUUCACAAACUCACACUACUCUGUUUACCAAAGUCAACGUCGUCCAGAUCUCCACACCCAAUUCUCUCCCCAUAAUCCAAAGACCCCAAAUCCCUUUCUGGGUUUUACUCUUCUCCCCCGAAUCUCAAAUGGGUCGCAAGCCAAAUGACUCCGCACCUGCCCAUUACAACCCUCUGAUCCUCCUCUUGGUGAUCCUGAUUUCCUCUGCUAUGGUCUACACAUUCCUCUCUGUGGUGCUCAGACCAGGUAGUGCCUCCUCUGUUUCUGAAUUUGAGUCUUUGGGGUUGGUUGAAGAGCGUGGUGGGCUGGAGGGAGAGACUGGAGGUUGUUGUAGGGGGAUUGAGAAUUUGGAGCUUUGGGGGAAUGCUGUGAAGUGGGGUUCGGACUUCAAGUUCAAUUCCUCUGAGCAGUGUUGCAAGGCUUGUAAGACCAUGUGUAGUGGCACCGAUGGACCGUGCUUGUGUGAUACCUGGGUCUAUUGUGGGAAUCGGGAGGCUUGCGGGCCGAAAUUCGGCGAGUGCUGGUUGAAGAAACAAAAGGACACCUUGGCCCCAGUGCGGCAAGAUGUGGGGCAAAAAGUUAUUUGGACUUCUGGGCUCAUCUUUGGAAAAGGAGAGGGCAUUGUUGGCUUGGAAACGGAAUAUGGCACUCUUCAUAUAAAACUUUUCCCUGACUGUGCCCCUCAUUCUGUGGCGUACAUUCUUGAGUUGUUGACAUUGCGCCAUUGUGCGGGUUGCCAGUUUUAUCGAGCAGAGACCCGAGGUCACUGUUGGGAUUCAGAAGGAAACCACAUAAAAAAUACUCCUUUUGGCCCUCCUUUUGCACUGGUUCAAGGAACACUGGAGCCCCUAGGAACCACAUUCAAGAAGAUGCCAACAGAGGCUUGCCCAAUCAUAAGAAGGGGUUCAGUUGCAUGGAUUGGUUCCGGCCCGGAGUUUUUCAUAAGCCUUGCAAACCACCAGGAGUGGAAAAACGCAUACACUGUGUUUGGUUCUGUUCUUCCUGAAGACAUGGAAAUUGCUGAAAGAAUUGCUCAGCUCCCUUCCAAACCAGAUGUUUGGAACAACGUCAACGUGUCGGUCUUGGAAAAGCCCGUUUCGUUGUCGCUUCGAAGAAUCAAGACAAGUAAUGGAGAUCUGAACACACAAAUGUAGUAGGAUCAGAUUGAAAUGAUAUCAAUGUUAGAUUGUAUAAUGACAUUUUUCCUCUGCUGCUUUCUUAUAUUUAUUUAUUUUUCUUUAAUUAAUAAUACAAUCUCUUGGCGUAUUAGCAAUUUAUCCCUCUUGUUGUGGGUGCUUAGGCACUUCAGAAAAAAGUUGUGUAUUGAAAUCUUUUGUAACAAACUUUGUAUACAAAUUGGAAGGACUAUUGCUUGCAAUGACAAA